CGUAACUGUUUAUUUGUCGUUUGUCAAUAUUUUUUCUUUUAGCAAGAAAAUUUGCGAAAGUAGUCUAGUUUUCAAGAAAACGAACCCAGUUAAAAUCGAAAUGGCCGAUCCAAAAUACGCAGAUUUACCCGGAAUCGCCCAUGACGAACCGGAUGUCUACGAAACUAACGAUUUACCAGAAUCAGAACAAGUUACCGAUUUUUACGAGCCCGAAAAUGAACCAAUUGAACGAAUACACAUUUCGUCCGAGGACGCUUAUAAUAAGUUUAAGGGUAAAUUUUUAAGUUCCAAAAAUGUGGAUUUUUCGGAAAGAGUUAGUAAACGUAUUCGGACUGGAUAUGAUGCCAGAUCGGGCGACUGGGAACUUGCAGCAGGAGGUGAAAAAGAAACUCCAAUUCAAAAAUAUCAAAGAUUGAAGUGUGAAAUGAAAGAGUUGUUUGAGGAAGUCAAUGCUUUAGAAAAAGGAAAAAAAGAAAACACUCAUGCUCCUAUUUCUUUGUCAUCAGAGCAAGUGGAAGAAUCUCUGAAAUUAUUGGCUGAUCUUAAACUGGAAGAAUCUUUGGGUGAAGAUAUUGUGUUGAAAAUUUCUGAUCCACAGGGAACACAAAUUCAGAAACUUUUAUCCCAACUUGAACAGUUUAAGCAGGGCAUUAAUGAGAAACCAGAGUCUCAAGCGCAGUGUGAUGAGGAUAGUAUCACCUACCAGUUUACUUAUAGACCAGAACGUGCUCGUUUGCAACAAACUGCCAGAAUAUCAGAACUUGAAGGUAGAUUGCAUAGACUUGAAACUGUUUUAGGGGCCUCUUCCAAUGAGCUGUCAAGGUUAAGUGAUGCAACAAAUAAAGGUAGUCUACUAGAAGCAGCACAAUACUUAAGUGCAACAGCUAGUCUAUUAGACUCUGCUCAGUUGGAUCACAUUGAAGGCAGACUGGCGGCUCUAUCUCAAAAAUUGGAAGCGAUCGCUAAUAAGAAAAGAGAUGUACAACAAAAUGAUGAAAAAAAUAAAAUGGUUGAAGAAUUAUAUGAAUUGGUGAAAAAUACUGAAGGUGUAAGAUCACUGCUGCCUAAAACUAUUGAUCGUUUAAAAUCUUUGGAAGCACUGCAUAAAAAAGCUGCGGAUUGUGCAAAAACAAUAACCCAAAUUGAAGUGACUCAAUCAGAAAUUGAUGGAAAUGUCCAGAAUAGCAAAACUCUUUUACAAGGAGUACAAGAAAGUUUUGCAGUUAAUUUAAAUGAAAUUAAUCAAACCGUUACCAGUUUGGACUCCAGAAUAAAAGCCCUGAAGAAAAAGUAAACACACAAUAUUCUGUUUUGAUUUAAGAAAUUAACAUAUUUUUUUUAUUUAUAUAUUAAUAAUAUAGUAAUAUUUGUUAGCCUAAUUUAUUAAAAAAGUUUUUUUUUAUC